CAGACUUCCUAAUAUGGCGUAAGGUGUAUUGCACUGUCCAUAUCUGUUGUGUGUUAUAUUUUUAUGUGAGCGGUGCGCGGUCCUGUUCGAGUUGCGCGGUGAACGCUCGGUUGAGCUUAUGUGUGCCGUAAUGAAAGACUCCGCGAAGAAAGCGGCCAGCGCGUCGAAAUAAGGCGAAAAUGCGUCGAGCGCCGACGUCCGGGCCUGCGCUGUCGUUCAAACCAAAGGACGUGUUAACGUUUAGGCAUCCGCAGCGUGAGCGUGGAAUAGAAGUUCUCAAGGCCACCAUCGAAAUCACCAACAGAAGCAGCCGAACGGUCAACUUUUGUUUUACGGAUGAUCCAGAGUACAACUUCUCGCCACGUAGCAGCUGCAUCGCGCUCGAGUCCACAGUCGUCGUGUUCGCCAAGUUCUACAAUGUGGAUGGCAACUGCCAGCCGCGCAGGUCCUCUGUGGUACUCCGCGCCAUCAGGGUCCGGAACGAGGACGAGGAAGGAGUGGAGAGGCUCUGGAAGAGGACGCACCCAGAUCACAUUGGCGAGAAGAGGUGGAAGCUACGGUUCGAGAAAGACCAGCCGAUCAGCGGAGUGCCUAUCUUCCCCAACGUCAAAAAGUGGACCACGUUCCGGGCCACAGCGAGCAAGUCGCUACUGACAAGGGCCGUGGAGAGCGCCACGUGGCUCAUGGACUUGCGGCUCUCGUGGAUCGUCGUCAUCUUGGCGGUGGUGUGCCUCUUUGGCCUGUGGCUGGGGAAAUCAGGACUAGCGCCCUAUUCGUCGAAAUGGGCGCACAGUCAUGGGUUGAUAUGCGGCGCCGGAGCGAGAAAAAUGUGGCAGUGGUCGACGACUUGGGCCGGCAAGAAUCUCAGCUCACCGGUGGUGUCGUCGCGCUGGCCGUGGGUCAUCGUUGCCGCGUCGGGACUCGCUGCGGUGCUUACCGCUUUCCACGUGCUCUUUCUGUCCAAGCCCAGGCACGUGCAGGAUCCGGACGAGUGUUUCACGAUCGCGUCUAAGGAGUAUUGCUUCUGA